AUGGUUCCCUUCGCAGGCCUCCUGGCCCUGAUGGCCGCCUGUUUGAUGCUUUUCCAAGAGAAGACGACCGACAUGGUCGCCUUCUUCGGCCACAACACCCCUCCCGUCUUUCGAGCUUUCCUGGCCAUCGAGCCACCACCAGCUGUCACCACGACGCUGGUUUCGACCACUGGCGUCGUCACAACAGUGACGGCGACCACCACUGUUUACGGUGGUGGUUAUAGCGCCGUCGUCGUCACCGUCUCGACUCCGCCAGCCUCUGUCCCAACCGCCAACCCUCUGCCACAGGAACCCUUCCCGGCAUUCAGCUGGGCCCUGUGGCAGACCCUCGACUCGUGCAUUCCGAAGUUCGGUUCGGUCAGACUGCACCACCUUGUCGAGGGCCUGCGGGACAUUGGCACAGCACUGGCAGAUGCCUUUGCUGCAUGGCGACAGCAAAUUCGGGACCUCUUGGUCACACCUACCUCUUCUCUUCCGCUCUGGGCUGAGAUACUCCGGCCUUUCCUGUCUGUUCCGGUACGGUACCCUCGUCUCACCCUCCUGCAUAUCUCUCUCCUUGUCCUCGUCGGAGCUGCCCGCGAGUUCAACAGACAGUGUGCAAGACGACGGAUCCUGCGGAAUCGAGACAGGCAGAGCACAGAAGAGGAGGAACUAUCCGCCACCCGGAAAGAAGUCGCAAAAGUGCUCGACAAGUACGGAUCGUGGAUAGAAGGAGCCGGAGAGAAAGCCGUAUUCUAUCGACUCAGUGAGGAGAUGGAUGAGGCGAUCUCUUACGCGCACGGACGACUUGGUCGAGAAUUCGAUCGAGUCGAACGGCGACACCUUCUCCACCCCGUUCUGUCUUGUUCGGGCUUCCAGAAGGCAUGGGAAGCGGAACGCGCCGCGGUGCAGGCGAUGCUGGACAAGCGAUUCUCGUUUGUCCUGGCAUUCAUCUACACCCAGUCGCGGGCCGUUCUCACCUCCAUGUGGGAGUUCAAUGUCUUCUGGGCCGACUUUCUGUUCUGGGAAACGGUGGAGACGUUCCUGCCCUUUUGCCUCCUCAUGUCGUUCCUCAUGCUGGCCUUUGUCCUCGGAGGAGUGGUCAUGGUCAUAGGGUUAGUUGGCACUGUCAGCUGGCUAGCUCUAAUGGGAACGACAUUCGGCGCCUGCGUUGCAAGACCGAUGGUUGAAGAGGCGAAGAGCAUUUUCAGCGAAAUGCUGCGCUUGCCGCCUACUUCUUCCACGGGCAACGAGGGCUUGUCGAACCAGCAAGGCCCGGAGGGGGUAUAUACAAGCUGGUGA